AUGUGUCGAAUGUCAACAUACAUGUUAUCUACUCAUCGUCGAUAUUUAGCUACGGAUAAAAAUGAUAAUAAAACAACAGAAUCUAAAACUGAAAUAGGCCCAUCGGCACCUGAAAUUGAAAUAAAUAAUCUUACUGGUGAUCAUCAACAUGUUGUUGAAAUUGCUUUUAAUCGACCUGCAAGACGUAAUGCUCUUGGUAAACAAUUACUUAUUCAAUUGGAUGCAACAAUAGAUAGUUUAAACGCUGAUAAUACAAUUCGAUGUAUUCUUUUUCGUAGUUUGGUUCCAAAUGUAUUUUGUGCUGGUGCUGAUCUAAAAGAACGAUUAGAAAUGCCUCAAGAAGAAGUAGGACCAUUUGUAUCAAAAAUUAAAGAAAUAUUCUCUAAAAUAUUUGGUUUACCUGUACCAACAAUCGCAGCACUUGAUGGUUUGGCACUUGGUGGUGGACUUGAAUUAGCUUUAGCAUGUGAUAUUCGUAUAGCUGCACAAACAGCAAAACUUGGUUUAACAGAAACAAAACUUGGUAUUAUUCCUGGUGCUGGUGGUACUCAACGUUUACCUCGAAUAAUUGGUCCACCAAAAGCUAAAGAACUUAUUUAUACUGGACGAAUUUUAAAUGGUCAACAAGCAUAUGAAAUUCGUUUAGUUAAUGAAGUUGUUAAACAAAAUGAACAAUUAAAUGCAGCAUAUCAACGUUCACUUGAAAUAGCACAAGAAAUUGUUCAACAGGGACCAUUAGCUGUUCGUAUGGCAAAACAAGCUAUAAAUAAAGGUCUUGAAGUUGAUCUUCAAACAGGUCUUGAAGUUGAAGAAGGUUGUUAUGAUACUGUAUUAACAUCUGAAGAUCGUAUUGAAGGUUUAAAAGCUUUUCAAGAAAAACGAAAACCUAUUUAUAAAGGCGUUUAA